AUGCAAUUAGUACCUUUACGUGCGUACGAAGUGCAACGAACAGCUUUUCCUCGUCGCCGGCAGCGGCGGUCACGGCGGGUCAGUGUCGCGGCUCGCGGAGCGCGGCUCGGUACGCGCAAAGAAUGCGUUCAAGGCGGCGCGCCGCGCGGUACUGGCGCGCCUGCCGCCGCCGCCGCCAUUGGCGCGCCCCGCCCCCCCCCCACCGCACCCCGCGCCCCGCCACACUCUGCCACACCCCACCACUGCCCGGCCCCGCCCCCUCACCCUCGACACUUUUUACAGCCGCCCAGCGCUCUAUUGCCACAACAGAAGCGCGAACUUUUUAUCAAAAGUUGU